AUGGCGCGGCGGAAGGCGUGACGCUCGCGCCGCCUGACUCUCUCGUCUGGCUAUGCGAUCCCCGCACCAAAAUAAACAACUGUGAAGCUACAGCUUGGGUUGGCUUGACUGUCCUCUGCCGUUUGACCACUCCGCCGACGUUGUCACUCCAGGUAACUUACGGCCAGGGAUGAAGUCAAAGAUGGCGAGCGAGGUUGCAGGCGGAGCUGUAGCCAAGUGGGCUGCGUCUGGGCUGUAAUAUCGCUCAUGUCUCCUCGUUCCUGCACCAGUUGCUCUGUCUGUCCCAGCGGGGAAUGGUCAACACAGGCCUUGUAUAGUGAAUAAAAGAUGUGAUGUCAUUUGUCUCCUGAGUGCACACCUUUUCACUCAUCUGUUUAUGUGGACAUAAAUAGAAAGAUCUGGUUAUCAUAUAGAUACAGUUAUGGCAAACUCGCCGGUCAAUGGCUCGGUAAUUGAAGCUGUUCCUGGAAAUGCACCGGGCUCCAGCAAUGGUUGUGUACCAAAAAACCUAAAUCGUGUUAAGCAAGAGCCUGAACACUUGGGCGAGGAAAAUGGUAUUCAUGUGGAAGAUGUGUUUGUAAAUGUUAAACAAGAAGUAGAAACAGAUAUGACAAAUGUUUGUGAUAAUAUUGCAAUAGAACAAAAUGAACAGCUCGAAAGGGAAACAAAUCGAGAAGACGGACCUCCACUGAAGAGAAGAACAGUGGUCAAAGGCGAAUCUCUCACUUUAUACACUAUUAGAAGGAGAAAGAGAACUGAAAAUGGGGACGAGGCUCCAGAACUCGGAAGGAAGCUUAAACAGGGAUCGAGAUCGGCUGUUGCUAGCUCAGAAAUGGCAGCACCUCCAAAGUGCCCAUCAAGAUCAUCUCCUGUCAGCCAGUUUGAGAAGGAAUGUUUGCUGGGAAUCGUCAGGGACUUUAUGCCAAUAAUAGCCGAUAAGUCGACGAGUUUCGUUGCCACAUCCAGAAAGGCGACAAUGUGGCAGGAUGUUGCAGCGCGCUUCAAUGCUGCCACUGGAUAUAGCAAGUCUUCCCAACAAGUUCGCAAGAUAUGGGAAAACAUUCGUAAUAGAGCCAAAAAAGAAUAUAUACGAGUUAUGCAAGAACAGGGUAAAACCGGGGGACCCCCGUCCACUCCAGUGGAUACCUUGAGCUCUCAAGUGCUUCCUCUAAUAGAGAAUGAGUUGGAACCUGUAGACAAUCCUUGGGACUGUGAUUCCGAUCUUCACAGUCAAAGUGUUCUUGAAGAGUCUGAUACAAAUAAUGGCCCAGCUAGCCAUGCUGUCACUACACCAGAGCCUCUCCUCUGCCUUGCAGAUCCAUCUAUAGAGCCUGAGUGUAUUGCUGCUCCAUCAGCAGAAUCUGAAUAUCAUUCUGUUGCAACACCAGAACCCGACCAUCUCAGUGGUACAAUAGCAAUGCCCCAACCAUCUGAUGUUCCGUCGUUAGAACCAGAGAGCCUUGAAGGUCCCUCGGGAGAACCGGAGCCUAUUGCAGCUUCGUCUAUAGAACCUGGGAGGGCACAUGAAAGUUGUGCAACUGUGACAGAUGAUAGUCCUGCACAGGUUGUUCCUGUGCAGAGGGUAAGGUCCACCAGAAAAAGAAAAGUGUGGUCCUCGUCAAGAUCAAAAGAAGACACCUACGAUGUAGCAUUAAGGUUGGCAGAUGAACGUAACAAGAAGCGUAUGGAGAUGGAUCAAGCCCUGCAUAAGCAAAAGAUGCAUUUAGUGGAGAUGCAGAUGGCAUAUUUAGAGGAGUAUCAUCAACGGCAGUUAGGUGUCCUUGAAAUGCAAAGACAGUACUGGGAGAAAAAGUCUGAAAAGGAUUAAGGGAAAAGUGAUGUUAUUUGAUAUCGUAGAUUUAGGUUUUAUAAAGUCGCUAUUUCAUUUCAUUUCAUUACAUGCCCAUUGUUUAUGAUUUUUUUUACCAUGACUUCCUGUCUCAUCCUCUAAAUGUGAUAAUAAAAAUAAGUUCAUCAAGAAAUAUUUUUAAGCCUUUCAAGAUUUGUAUUAACUAAUAAAGUGAUACAUAAUUUAAACAACAUUUAAAGUCCUGUUUCAUCACAAUUAAACACUUAUUGCGGUAGGUAUCUCUCAGCCUCUGCAAACUCUUUAAAAUCUUCUAUAUAU